GCGAUGUUUAAAUGGCAGCGCACUAUCAAACUUGUGUACUAGAUUUGGUACACAAUACAGGUGAUUGAACAUGACACAACAAACCAGCCAGAGGGGUAGAAGAUCAGUAUGUUCACUUCUAUUAUUUUUGCAAGCAACAAAGGUCAUUGGACUGACAGUUUUCUACUAUGGAUUCUCAAUUGGUCUCACCUUCUAUCAGAAAUGGUUUAUAAGUGAUUUCCACUAUCCUCUCUCAAUUGUGAUAUGUCAUUUCGUAGUGAAGUUUAUCAUUGCGUGGCUGCUGCGAACUAUAUGGCAAUGUUGGACAAGUAAGGAAAGAAUCAACUUGCCAUGGGAUGAUUAUUUCAGGAGGCUCGCGCCCACCGGUAUAUGUGCAUCGUUGGACAUUGGUCUUUCAAACUGGAGUUUUGAGUUUAUAACCAUAUCAUUGUAUACAAUGACCAAAUCAUCUUGCCUGGUGUAUAUUUUAGGAUUUUCUAUACUAUUCCGAUUAGAAAAAUUUAGGUGGUCUCUGCUAGGAGUAGUGCUAACAAUUUCUGGAGGCUUGUUCCUGUUCACAUAUCGUGCGACACAGUUCAACCUUGAAGGAUUCACUAUGGUGAUGCUUGCAUCUAUUCUGGCUGGCCUGCGCUGGACACUGGCACAGCUAGUUACACAGAGAAAGGAAAUGGGAUUGAGCAAUCCAAUAGACAUGAUAUAUCAUGUGCAGCCUUGGAUGAUUGUGGGACUGCUGCCAUUAGCCAUUGUCUACGAAGGAGUGCCUGUCGCCACCACAGAAAAACUGUUCAGGGAACACAACAUCUAUGUGGCACUGAGUCAAGCAGCGUUUACGUUUCUGGGCGGAAUGAUUGCAUUUUUCAUGGAGAUGAGUGAAUACAUGUUGCUGACUAGCACAUCGAGCCUGACUCUGUCUAUCGCUGGUAUAGCAAAGGAAAUACUCACACUAGUGCUGGCAGCAAAAUAUAAUGGCGACCAAAUGAGUUCCAUUAACCUAGUUGGCUUAAUGAUGUUGAUAGCUGGGAUUCUUCUUCAUCUGAUAUUAAAGGCUAUAAAUAUUAAAGACGACGGUGAUGUGGGUGACCGACAUGAGAACAGUGAACUCAUCGAGCUUCUGGGCAGCGAGGAUGGGCAGCAGUGGGACGCAGACGAAGACGAAGAGGUCGUACUCUUCCAACAACACGAGCAUCACAGCACUCUGGUAUGACCGACACUUACAGUCGCCCGCACACUAAUGCAAGGUGCUCCAGGGCCUCGUGCGAGAUAAUCGUGAUGUCACGCAUGUGGUUUCGGCGGCGGGACGCCUUCGUUUGGCCUACAUUACAGAUUUCCCCCAACUGCUCCCAAACUUUAAUCUAUAUCUUGAUAGGAUUGAGGCGGUAAUACCUCAAGGAAAGCAUAGAAUGCAGUAUAAAUGGCCACCUAAUAAACUACAAACGUCUUGCCUUGAAUGUUAUUUGAUGAAGAAAAGUGGAGGGCUUGAAGACUGGUGAUGGGGUUUCUUGAAGUGUCUUCAUGGCAAGUGGUAACACAAAUAUAAAUACUGCCACUUAUAGUAACCAAUGGCAGGGAUGUCAUCUGAUGACGUCGCAAUGUAGAAACUGGCGACCAAAUAUCAAAAGAAACAGAAUCUAUAAAUUUGUUCCCUAAACGGUGCAAGACUGCCACAUCCCACACGCGUGGCAAUAGUAGUGAAAUCGUGAAUGCUGGUCACAUGCCUGUAAUAUUUGCGAUGUAAAUAUUUGAGGAAAUGCUACACUGAGUUUGGAAAUUGAGUAAAGUGGUAAUAGUAUUAAAUUUGAGGUUCUUUCAAAGACAUUGCCUCAAUGAACCAUUACUAAAACCAUAUUCAGCUGUUGCCUAAUAUUUCUACAAUUUGACAUAAAAACUUGAAUCUUCUUUGUAGUAAUAUAAUGGUAAAGAGAAGCCAUUAAGUAAUCUUUUGACCCUCAAGAGGACCAAACUUUGAAUUCGGUUACCAUAUGUCAAGAAGGAAGGAAUUUAAAAUACACUGCCUAUAUCAUGUUAUACUCUGUCUGUAACCAUCGGAUUCCCAUCACAAGCUUGCAACAUUCAGAGAAAGAGAGAGAGAGCCAGACAUUGUGUUGCAUAAUCGUGCUAGCGCACUUGCUGUUUGGGUUCUCAAUGAAAUAUUACAAUGAUUGUGAUAAAGUAAUUAUUGUAGAAAAAGCUGGUGCUGGUUAAUGUUUGUGUGUAAAUAAUCUAAAUUUUGAUUUGAAUAGCAGGACAUUCCAAUAUCUCAUAUGUCUAAAUAAUGCAAUUUUAAUGUGACACGGAGUAGUCUGUAAUACAUAGAGAGAGCAGACAGAGCUAUGAAAGAACUGUAUAUUUUCUUGAUGUGAAUGCGUAUUUAUUGACAUGUGUACUGUGAUGUCCAUAUUUAUAAUGGAUGAGUGGGAAAUUGGAAAAGAAGGUCGAGGUCUUCCUUUUCUUGUUUGUAAACACCCAGGGUCAGGGGGCCGUUGUCAGAAACAUCGUAAAGUUAAUGCUAAGAUAACACUUACAACUGAUAUUAAUGUUAUGAGAGGACCGUUGACAGAAACACAUCGCAGCUAUUAGAAAACUUACGAUAACAGGAACUUCAUCACAAGGCU